AUGCGUAUUGCCAACAGAUACAUGCACCCCUUGGAGGUGGAGCACAUUGCAGGUUUUGCAACUGAGGAUGAACAGUGGUCAGCCUUCAUGUCCCUUUGGACUGUGAAAGAGGCUUUUGUGAAAGCCCAGGGUUUGGGCUUCAGCGGUGCAAAGGGCUUCAAGGGCUUCCAUGUAGAUUUGGAGGAGGACAAGAACAUCGCUGAGCCAUUGAUUCGCUUGACGGGCUUACCAGUUAUGGACUCCACUUCCCAUGUGCGUGUGACUGGGGCAAACAACGUGGGGGGUUGUACUUUCUUGGUAUUCAGACCCAGCCCUGACCACGUGGCUACUCUUUGCGUAAAGGACACUGCAGGCAUGCCAACAAAACGGCUGCAGAGAGUGCGCAUGUAUCGGGUAGGGUCUCUGGGGCAAUGGGCGCCCAUGGAAGAUUGCGAUUCAAUAGUGCUGGGAGGCGGCCCUUUUGCGGAAGUUGUUCAGAAUGCGACUGUGCGACAGCAAAGGUGA